AAGCGCUAACUUAUCUACAUUUGUGUGAAUGUAGGGCAAAAUGGCGAAUUGAAUGAUUGUGAAAACGAAAGUGAACGGUAUUGUUGUAAAUUUGUACAUCAUGGCAGAAUACUGAAAUGACAAUAUAUGUUCCACUGACUUCUUUUAAUAGGUGUAUCCCCCAAACAUAGAAGACAAGCAUGGCAAAGCAUAAUCCUGAUCAGCGUGGUGGCGCAAACCGUUCUUCCUAUAUACCACCAGUACAUGCAAUAACAUUUCCUGGUUGGAAUGGAUCUGAUAAUGUGGAUGUAUCUGAAUCAGCACAACAUUAUGCUGAUAACUCUGAACAAUUAGGAUCAGAUGAAGUCUCUGAAAUAUUAUGUGAUCCAUGUGAACUUGCUGGGGGAAAACGUCUAGCGCAUGGGUAUUGUAAACACUGCUCAGAGUUCCUCUGUUCCUCUUGUUAUAAUGAACACAGAAGAUUCAAACCAACACGUCACCAUAUUUUGCUUGAUAACAGUGAAAUGCCGACGGUGAAAAAAGAACAAGCAUUCAAGGACACAUGUACGGAUUUUUGCUCAAAUCAUGAAUCUAGUGUUAUUGAAUAUUAUUGUAAAUCCUGUGAUCAGUUUGGCUGUUCACAUUGUUUUGUAACUGGUCACAGAGAUUGCAAUGUGGCGAGUAUUCAAGAUAUGUCCACUGGACUUGAACAUUCAAAUGAAUAUAAACUAUUCAAGGAAAGUCUUGCAAGAAUACAAAGAGGCCUGAGGGAAAACGCAAACAAACUUACCAGUUCUAGAGCCAAUAUUGCUACUAUACAUGAUAGGGCAAAAAGAGAUAUCUGUAAUCAAAGAAAUGCUGUUAAUGCAUUCUUUGACAAUUUGGAAAAACAAGUAGAUUGUAAAAUCGACGAAAUAAGAAAAGUUGAUAAGGAGAAAAUGGUAAAAGUUGCCAAAAUGAACAGCAAAUUUGCAAAUGACUUCGGAGCAAAGUUGUCUGAUAUUGAAAAGAAUGAAAAAGACGGGCGAAAAUGUCAGCUAUUUGUUGAUAUGAAAUCAUAUAUUGAUUAUCUGCGAGAAUUUGAAGACAACUUUACCUUAAUGAAAGAAGAAAAUAGGAUUUACAGAUACAAUCUUCUCAUGGCAAAUGAAGUAUUUCAUAUGAUGGAAACUAUGAAACAACUCUCUGUGUUUCACAAAACAUUCUCGGUAUGGAAAAGAAGACCAAAAUUUUCUGGCAAAUUGGACAUGCAUGCGAGAGGUGAUAAAAAGGAAUGUUACAUAGCAGGAAUGUGUUUGUUAGAUAAGAAUUGCCUGUUAGCUGCUGAUCUGUAUAACGUGUGUGUUAAACUCGUGAAUUUGGAAACCGCUGCUGUCCUGGCGGUACCAGUGCAUUCUUGGCCGUGGGAUGUUACAAAAGUAACAGAGGAACAAGCUGCUAUAACUCAACCACUGCUUGGAGAAGUAUUGUUCUUCAACAAGAACAAAAGGACUAGGAAAUGGUGCGCAGGCAAGAACAUAGAUGUCGGGCUUGAGUGUAGAGGUAUUGAGUUUAGUAGAGGAAAAUUUGUCGUGAGCUACACAACGAAACCAGGGUGCGUAAAAAUCAUAGAUCUCAGUGGCAACGUGUUACAUGUAUUCAGCGCUGACAAAAAUGGAGAUAAUCUUUUCCAACAACCGGCUUAUAUAGCGCUUGGACUGGAUCACAAUAUCAUAUAUGUCUCUGACAAUGAGACACAUAUGGUUACAAGUCUGGACAGGUAUGGGAAUGUCAAGGAUGUUUAUAAAAAUGAUGACCUUCGUUGUUCGUCUGGAGUGGUCACUGACAGGGUUGAUUCCGUAUUUGUAUGCAGUAGUCGAUAUUGCAAUGUGCACCAGAUCUACUCCGAUUUAAGUCCGGUUCAAAUUUUACUUGACCACAGUAAUGCUGAAGAGAAACCACAAUGCAUUGCAUAUUGCAGUUCCACAAACAGGAUUUUCAUAGGAUUCCAAAAUCAAAACUUUGCAAACAUUUUCUAUCUUACAUAAGUUGUCAAUAAAAAAAGUAAGAAAAAAAAUGUUUCAAUAAUAAAGUUAUCCAGAACUAAAUACAAUUCAAAUUACUGAUCUUACCUCACAUCAGAGGAGUGAGUGUCAUGACUUGAAGCAAAAUAUUACAUAACAGCUGAAAUCCCUAUUUUGACUAUGAAGAAAUGCACGUGGCAAAUCAUUGUCUAUGAAACUGUUAUGUGUACUAGUGAAGUUUGUGGAAGAUCUAUAUGCUGGUAACCAAAAAGGCACAAACUAUUCUAUGGAAAUUGUCAUUGUUUAAAGGAAAAAGCCUUUAAAAAUAAAACUGCAGGACAUUCGAUAGAUGGGAUGGUGAUACUACACAUAAGUGUCCCAUAUGCAAUGUCUGUCAAUUAGAAUUAGAACAGAAGAACCAAUGCAAAAGGGCAGACUGGUUCUAAAUGCAUUUCAGAAACACUGUUUGCCAAUUAUAGUUAAUUGCAAAUGUAUUACAAAUGUUACACAUUUUAAGAUGUACAAUAUACAUGUAUGUACGAAACAUUAGAUAUGAUCUAGAUAUUGUAGACAUUUAAAGUGAUCGUAAGCCAUCUUUUCCAACUGUCAUUACUUUUUAUAUCACUAAGAUAAAGAAGACUGUUUAUAUCACCAACAUUAUAGAAUGUUUAUAUUACCAAGAUUAAAACAACUGUUUAUAUCACCAAGA